CCUUCAUUCCAGAAAUCUGCCGCCGUGUUUACUUUGAACACUGGUUGCCACCAACGACGCAGCUUGUUCGCGCCUGCCGCCACUGCAUUGCGAAAAAAGGAGAAAACGCAGCGGAACCCCGCGCCAUCGAAGCCCAGCUGCAUCGACUUCCCCUGACCAACGACACAUUGCCAGGUACCAUACUUUGCCCACUUCGCCAUGGAUCGUCGAACGUUCGAAGGCCCGAUGGACUGGGAAUACCAGUCGCAACCCCCAGUGGACCAUUCGAGUCCAUUUGCAAAAUUCUCUCGGGGGCCGUCAACAUCGACCUUCAACUCGCCGACGAAGCAGCGGUCAUCAAACCCCAAUCCUUUCGCAUUCGCAGGCACUCCAAAAAGCUCACCCCUCAAGUCGCAAGAUCAACCGCGCCCGCCGCACGCAUCCUUCUUCAAGCCCCAGCUACAGCGCAACCCAUCAGCCCCAGCCUUUCGGAAUCCCGCUUUCACGACGCCGCAGAAACGGGUCGAGGAGCUAGCGUAUUCCGAAUAUUCCCCCGCUGACUCCAGUCCCGCCCUGACGGACACUUCGGAAAUGCCAGCCGAUACUCCCGAGUUCGAGCGAGAGGAGGAUGCUGGGAAGCUUACCCUGACGCCGUCUGCCGGCAGGACGCUGUUCAGCAAGACGCUACUGCGGAACCAUGCAUCAGGGCGUGGAGAGAUCCCCCGGGCGGGGCGAGACAAGAUUAGGAAGAGGAAGCGGUUGCAUGGCGACCGGGACGUCGGCAGCGGCCGUUCCCGCCUUCCACACGACUCCGACGAUUCCGAUAGCGACUGGGAAGAAGGGCCAGGCCAUGCCGUGAGACCAAGCAAGGGCGGAAAGGCAUCGAACCGAAGCUGGUUCAACAAUUUUCUUUCUGCGGUUAGCGACCACCCUAGCGCUCCGGCUAUCCUAUCCAAAUGGCUGCAACUGGGCGUCAACGUCAUCCUUCUCAGCCUCGUUCUCUUUGGCAUAUUCGCCAUUUUCUCUCAGGUCCGAUCCGACCUCUCUCAGGCAGGCGACAAAGCCCGGGUUGCCAUCGUCAACGAAAUGUCGGCCUGUUCAGAGAACUUCCGAAAGAAUGGCUGCGCACCUCGAGCAAACCGACCGCCUGCCCUUGACGGGCCUUGCAACGAGUGGGACGCAUGCAUGAACCAGGAUCCCUCGGCAAUCAUGCAUGUUCAGAUCUCGGCUAAGAAUAUUGCCGAGAUCAUGAACGAGUUUGUCGGCGUUUUGACUUUUAAGACCUGGGGUUUUAUUCUCUCGCUAUUCCUAGUGGCAGUCGUCGCUAGCAAUGUCGGCUUCGGGUUUCUCCGCGAAUCUACGCUUUCUCACGCAGCGACGCCGGCAGAACCAUUGCAUUCACCACCGGUUGUACCCCCCAUGCUGGGGUCGGCAGCCGCGCACAAUCCUCAGCAGGCCUACAUUUGGGCUCCCCUCAGCCAGACCCCGCGACAUGUCCGGAAGAACUUCUUUGCCAACGACGCUACCGACUCGGAGGCAUCGCCGGAUAUGAGAAUGAUCAUGCCGCCCCAGACUCCGUCGGGAAGGAGGAGCCCGAGCAAGGGGGAUAGGGGCCGGAGUCCCACCAAGGGUACCCGGGUACGGAGUCCGAGUAAGGGAUAUUAGAGGGGCUGCAUAAGGGUUCUUGGGUUCUUGGGUUCUUGGGAGUGCUUGGCUUUGCCACCACCGCUGUGUACUACUUUGUAAAACUGCACUUGGAUUCCCUUUGUUCGGGGGCUGGUUUGGGUCGGAAACUGGCAACGGGGUGUUUUGGUUCGCGAGCAUGGCGAUGGCCCGCGGCCCUGCGGAAGCCUGGUAGAUCUCGGGUUAGGUCUUUUUUUUCGUUUGUCCUUAUUUACUCCGGCAACUCGGCCCUUGAGGUAGUUACGCGGUAUUUCUUUUAAUGUGUCCUUGCCCCAUGGGAGGCGG